GAUACAAGGUGAAUCGAAAGUAAAACUAAAGUUGACAAAAGGACAAAAGGAGGAGUAGAGCAUCUCAGAAUCACUUUCCAGAAGCCACAGAGAUGCAGUCCCUCAGAUCCCAGUCCGAGUUGGUCCCGGACCCUCGCGGGUCUCUGCCGAAGCUGUGCGCUCUGGGCGUGGCUGUGGUUUCCGUGGUGGUGGUGGCCAUGUUGAUGCCGGAGAUGGUCGUGAGCUGGGUCUCCAUGGCGACGCUCCUGCUAUCGCUCUGCCCUUUGGUCCAUGGGAUUUUCCUGUUUGUGGAGGAGGUGGUCAACCAAAACAACAGGUACAGGGGGCGCUCUGUCCUGGUCCGUCUCUGUAACUGUGGGUUGGUGAGGCCCCUCUUGUCCGUGGUGCUGUCCGGCCUCGUGCUGAAUCUCUCGGGGAGUCCUCUGCCUCUGUCCCACCUGUGCGUUCUGCUCUGGCUCUGCUCCGUGCUCUAUGCCGCCCUCCGGAGUCUGGGAGUGCUGGUCGCCUCUGAGGUGGAGCUGUCCGACAUUUGUGAGACCAGGAGGAUGAAUGUAGCGCACGGUUUGGCCUGGUCCUUUUACCUCGGAUACCUCCAACUGGUGCUGCCCCGUUUGGAAGACGCCAUCUCUGCGUUUUGCGCGUCCCACCAGAGCACCGCCCACCUGUGGAGCCGAGGGUCAAAGCGCCUCUUCAUCCUCAUCCCCAUAAACGCAAACAUCAGCCACAAACUGGAGGACGAAGACGAGAGGGUCCAGUUCUGUGAAAGUCUCCCCAACAGCCAGCUGGACCGAGGGGGUGUCCGCGGGAGGGUCUACAAGCACAGUGUGUACAAAGUCUACAACCACAAAGGACAGGCCCAUUACUGUGUCCUGGAGUAUGCAACGCCCCUACUCACCCUCCACAGCAUGUCUCAGGACAGCAGCGCGGCGUUCGGAGAGCCUCAGAGGAGAGAGCAGGUCCUGCUCUUCUUCAGGACCCUCACAGACAUCCUACAGCGCUCCCUGGAGUGUCGCAACAGAUAUACACUCGUCCUGCUCAACGACGAACACAAAGGCGACCCUCACUAUCUUUCCAAGUGCAUUUUGGGACAUCUGCAGCAACAGAACACAGAGGAGUACGCCAUUCUGCCCCAUCCCCAGCCAGAGCAGACCCCGCCCACUAUCCCGGGGCAACAGAGGGGGGCAUGGGGCGGGCACCAGGGGCAUGAGGGGCUAAUGUCUGACCCCAGCCUUAUGUUCAGUGUGGACUCACCCAGGACUCUGAGGGGCCCGGUGGAGACGACUGACUACUCUAAAUCCAGGCACAAUGGGCACAGUUAAAGUGUGUAUGGCACAUGUCUAUGAUUCCUUAAUUUUGACUUAAUUUGGUGCGACUACAAUUAUUGUAAAUGUAAAAUAUAAUUUUAUACCAAUCAUAUCAAGAAAAGUUGAAAAAUGUGGAAGAAAAGCUUUUUCUGUUACUUUAAACAUUAAUUCAACCAAAUAAAGGUGUUUUCUUCUA